AGUAUAUGUCACAGUGAUUGUAUAUCUUUCUGUAUCUCUCAGUGAUUCACAGUCUCCGCCUCCCACUGUGUUGCCGUAAAUUAAAUUGUGGCCGCUCCGAGUUUAUUGGCGAUCUCAGAAUUCGGGCUUCUUCGUCUUUUCAGCUGUGAAUGAAAGUUUGGCGGGUGAGUCUGAGCUGCACAGAAAAACCGAUAUCCAGCCGUGAGUCCGGGGCCGGGGCCUGGGCCUGGCGCCUGGAGCUGAGAUCUUGGGAUGCUAUUAGUGCAAAAACCGUCAUCAGAUCACUCAAAAAAUGCAGAAUAUCCAAUUCAAUGGAUGGAGAUGGGAUGAUUCUGAAACCUAGAACACUACAUCCGAUCCAGAGUGGGAUCGUUAUGAUGAUGCCAUAGCCAAAGUGACUCGGAACGAAUUUGAUGAAUUUUUUGCAUCAGAUGCCGAAGACAAUGAACUUGAUGUUUUAAAAUGCUUUCAGUGUGGUUAAAGGAUGGCUGCACGUUGCAUAAGGAAACUUGCCCUCCAAACACUGCAAACUAAAAUAGGUCAUUCUAAUUGGUAUUCUUGUAUUGAAAGUACAAGGCAUUUUAAUACUUUGAUGGGACAAACCAUGAUGAAAGUAAUGAUACCCCAAUCUAGAUACAUCCUACCCUAUUGGAAACUGGGCCUUUGGAUAAAGCCUGUAAAAACUUUUGUAACAGCUGAUGAGGGUGAGGGGGAGCCUGCGAUAGUGCAGCACCGAGAGAAAAAGGAUCCAAGAGCACGAAGAACAGUAGGGAGCAUUGGCAGAAAGAUUCACCACCGCAUCAUUCACGUGAUAGAUGAAAAUGGAGAGAACCUGGGAAAUUUGCAUAGAGCUGAAGUUAUUCGGAUCAUGGAUGAGCGUGGAGUCAAAGCUGUACCUGUCAGAGAAAAUAUAGACCCUCCAGUGUACAAACUAAUGACAGGAAAACAGAUCCAUGAACAACAAAUGAAACUCAGAGAAAAACAAAAAAACAAUCCUAACACAGGACCUUGUCAAAUCAAGGAGCAGACUUUCUCAGCAGACAUUGCAAAGCAUGACCUACAAACAAAAAUUAAGCAGAUCCAGCAGUGGAUUGAGAAGAAGCACCAUGUUCGGAUUACUGUUAGAAAAGGAGCUGUUGUGAACAAAGCAGAUAAAAUGGAAAUACUGCUGGAACAAAUCAUUCAGUCCAUGCCUGACAAAGCUACCUACGUGUUUAGGCCGAAGGUCAUUAAAGAAGGGAAAGCAGCUAUGUGCAUUCUACGGCAUCUGUCUGAAAAAGAACUCAAAGAACACAAACAAAAGGAUCAUGAACAACGGAGUGGCGUUCCAAGCUUUGCUACAACACAAACAAAUGAACUGCCACUGGGGAAUACAACAGAAGAAAAGAAAGAUACAACAAGUCUGAAGGGCAAGUAGGUUACGUGCCUGAUGUAAGAAGUUGAUUUUUUUUUUCAAAAUUCAAGCCAACAUUUCCAUUAAUAUGUGCUGUCUAUGUGGAAUAACAGAUUUUGAUUUACAAUUAAUGUUAAUUAAUCAUGGAGAAAGAACAUUUCCCUGUAUAAAGAUACAAAAUAGCCACAGAAAUCAAUAAAAUAUGGUUGUGCAAUUA